UUCUCUGAGAGGAGUUUGCUAAAUGAAUAAAUGUAAGCAAAUGUAAAUGCAGUAGUAUCACAGCGGGGGUGGUUAGUGCCGCCAUGUGUUCUUGGAAUUAGUCGUUCACCAGCGAGCGAGCCCUCAAAUGGGGCAUUUUGAGGGAAAUGAGCAAAAUUUGAGUUUUUUGCAUAUCAGAUAAGUGCUGAGUUGGGGGGCAGGGUUUAAAUCUGCUCUGUGCUGUGCUGGACACCUGGGGUGAGGAGGCCCAGGAAACACAACAUUAACAGUAAAGUACAAUUCAAUUAACUCUUAUAUAGCGGUCUGUGCUGAAGGCAGAGGAAGGGCACUUUCACAGAUUACAAGCAAAACAAAUGACAAACUGUUAACACGACAAUUUUCUCAUGAAAACACAACAUAAAUCUGUAAAAAUUUAGCUGGAAUAGAUAUGUCGAUAAAUUACGUGAAACGGAGUGAACAUGCGUGUUCCUUAACAUGACAGAGUAAUGAUGUAGCGGCGAAGUGAUGAUGAUGUUGACAGUUGGCAGCGGAGGAGAGGAAAACAAAAACUCCACACUAACGUGGAGAAAAUAAACCUCUGGGAGGAGGAGGAGGGACGGUCAGUUGGUAUAUAAGCCUAAGGCAGCUGGCUGCCUACCCCCAGCAUUUGAAACAUGUGCCCUUGGUGGGGGGGGGUGAGAUAACUGGGGAUCCCUCUCCUGCAUUACUGACCUCUCGCAGGUCAAUGACGAGAAGUGUGUUUCAUUGCCCCGUGAUCUCGUGUCCGUAGAGGGAAGAGAAACAUUUAGUUCUUUUCCCUCUAUUUCCCUCUAUGGACACGCAUGACUUUAGAGGAUGCGUUUGGCUGCGUUCAUCCCUCCCCAGCUGGAUUUGAGGGGCAUUCGAGAAACGGACAGCGUAAGGCGUGAAGCGCAUUAAAAAACAUGAGUUUUUGAACACGUGGUUUGCACCUGUGUUUCUCACCCUCCUCCCUUUCGUUUCGCUUUUUCUCUCCCCUCUCGCCAUCAGGCACGUGAUCGACUUCCUGCCUCAAACUCAGAAGGGGGAAGUGGGCUUUUGGCAGAUGCCUGUGCGCUGUGUAAAAAAAAAAAAAGGGCUGCUCGUGCAGCUCGUUUCACGCUUACCGUACCAGUGUAAAAGUUCCUGCAACAAUAUGAAUAUGCAAACUCUACACAGAGUGAGUGGAGAUCAAACCCGUGUCCGCUGGCGCCACGCAGGUGCUGUGAGACACCGGCCCCGUCCGCUGCGGUACCUGAAAACGUCAUCUUCUACGUAGACGAUGUGUCCGAGGAGAAUUGCAACACUGUCAGGCCACCAUGCAGACGCUCGAGAGCAGAGGCGAGGAGGUGUACACCAACGGCAGCGCUGCUCUCCCCAACGGCAAGGAGAUCAUCAAGAUGCGCGAGGUGGCCUUUGAGAAGAAUCCCUCGGAGCCUCUGGGGGUGACACUGAAGCUGAACGAAAAGCAGAGAUGCACAGUGGCGCGAAUCCUGCACGGGGGCAUGAUACACAGACAAGGUUCCCUUCACGAAGGAGAUGAGAUAGCCGAGAUCAACGGGAAGAGCGUGGCCAACCAGUCAGUGGACCAGCUCCAGAAGAUACUGAAAGACACAAAAGGGGUGGUCACCUUGAAGAUCAUUCCCAAGCAGCAGAGUCGCGCUCUCACCUGCGAGACGUACAUGCGCGCCCAGUUCGACUACGACCCCGCCAAGGAUGAGCUCAUCCCUUGCAAGGAGGCAGGGCUCAAGUUCAAAACGGGCAACGUGAUCCAGAUCAUUAACAAGCAGGACCCCAACUGGUGGCAGGGCAGGGUGGAGGGCUCCACCGUCGACUUUGCCGGGCUCAUCCCCUCCCCUGAGCUGCAGGAAUGGCGGGUGGCCAGUAAAAGUAAGGUGUCCGCAGAGGGCGCUCAGUCCUGCAGCCCCUUCGGCAAGAAGAAGAAGUGCAAAGACAAAUACCUGGCUAAGCACAGCUCCGUUUUCGACCAGCUGGACGUGAUCUCGUACGAAGAGGUUGUGCGGCUGCCUGCUUUCAAGAGGAAAACCUUGGUGCUGAUAGGUGCCCCCGGGGUGGGACGGAGCCAUAUCAAGAGUUCUCUGCUGACAAAAUACCUGGAAAAAUUUGCAUACCCUGCCCCACACACCACCCGCCCCCCCAGGAAGGACGAGGAGGACGGGAAAGAGUACUACUUCAUCUCCACCGAGGAAAUGACCAAGUGCAUCACGGAGAACCAGCUGCUGGAGUACGGCAGCUUCCAGGGCCACAUGUUCGGCACCAAGCUGGAGACCAUCCGCAAGAUCCACGACCAGGGCAAGAUCGCCCUGCUGGACGUGGAGCCGCAGACCCUGAAACUGGUUCGAACGGGAGAGUUUGCUCCUCUCGUCGUCUUCAUCGCACCCACUGACGCAGCCAGUCAGUCCGAGUCUGUGCGGGCGAUCCAGAAGGAAUCGGACAUCAUCCUCAGCACAUACAAGCACUACUUUGACCUGAUUCUGGUGAACAACGAUGUGGACGAGACGGUUAAGGGGCUGGAAGAAGCCAUGGAGCUUGUGACUUCCACCCCACAGUGGGUGCCCGUUUCCUGGGUUUACUAGCCCACCUCUCCUGAGCCUCUUAAUAAACCCCCUCAAAUUACAGGCGGUGCAAUAGCCCACUCCCACCUAACCGUCUGUUCCUUGGAAUCUUUUUACUAUGGUAAAUGUAAUUGUCCUUGAAGUGUUGCACCUCUAGCAGUAUCAGUUAAGCAAUAGAUGUGAGCUGUUUUAGUUUCCUCCUAGAAACAACUGGUUGCAAGUAGUACACCAGACAGCCAUGGGUUCUCUACCCUAGUUUUUGUAUUUUUGGUGCUGCCCACAACACAAGUGGUGAGCAUAGUUGAAGUGUUUGAAAUGCUGCAUGGACCACAACUGUGAAACAAGAAUUAUCAAGUUUGUGGUUUUGUGCUUUUGUCAUUUCUGUCAUGGGGUGGAAUACCAAUUAACCCCAAGCUCUGCAUGUGUAAGACUAACUUACACACGAGCCUUGGUUUCACCUGGCACAGUGAAACAAUGUAUUCAGAAUUGAAAGAGCACCUGUAAUUGUCCCUCACCGGAGUGUUUCCUGGGAAUCAUGUUUCAAUGUCACCCCCACUGUGAGAAUAUACCUCAUGUCAUAACGCAAAGCACUUUGAAGGAAUUUAUUAAAGACAUCCCUUUGCCCAGCGAGG